AUGUCAGCCCGCACAAUGAGGGGGAUUGUUGGAAAAUUUAGAAAUCCUCCUGAUGGUCCGGAUGAACAAAUCCAACGAUUUUUUAUUGACGAAUGUAAUCACAUACCAAACACCAAACUUAUAAUUGGGGAUGUUCAUUUGACACCUUUAUUGGGCACACGUAAACCUGACUUUGUAUUUCUUAGAAAGGAUGCAGUUACUGAUGCACUUAAUGUUGUUGCACUGGGUGAAAUUAGAAAAAGACAUGGUGACCAUCUUCGGUUAGCUGAUUACGGUCAUGCUGCUUCAUUUGCAGAAAAACUUCAACUACAACCUCGAAGAAGUUUUGCUUUUGUAUUUCUAACAGAUUGUAAAAUGAUUGUACUGAUUAAAGUAACAAAGUGUGCAAACAACAAGUUCCUUUAUAAUUUUACCGUACCAGAAUAUCUUGCAUACGAUGAAAAAAUUCCUUCGAAAGGAUGGAAACAAUUGAUCACAUUUUUAGAAAGUGAGCCUGAUAAAUUAGGCUGGAUGGAACCUAUUAUAUAUGUAAAUGAUAAGGCAAUAAUUCUUGAACGUUCACUUGCUACUGGCAGAACAAGUGUAGUAUAUCAUGGAAAAUUAGAAAGUGAUGAUGUUGCAGUAAAGAUAGCAAAGAAUGAUACUUAUAAAGAGUGUUUUGCUCGUGAAAUAGAUACUUUAUCUAGUUUAAACUUAUGUCAUAUACCACAAUUACGUGAAAGUAACUCUAAUAUAUUGUCCAAAUUUUUAAUUUCUGCACUCUACCAAAAAUUUGCUGGUAGAGCAAUUGUUAAAUAA